UGCAGCGGGCAGCCUGUGAGAAGGCCGGGAAAAUGGCGGCCUCCUGGAGGCUAGGCUGUGAUCCCCGUCUGUUACGCUGUCUCCUGGGUUUCCGCGGCCGCCGAAGCCCCGGGCUGGUUAAGGGGGCUGCCGGGUGCUCUGGCUGCCGCGUAGCUAAUUGGAGAUGGUUUCACAGCACGCAGUGGAUGCACGGUGAUCCUAUUAAGAUACUAAUGCCAUCACUAUCUCCUACAAUGGAAGAAGGGAACAUUGUGAAAUGGCUGAAAAAGGAAGGUGAAGCUGUGAGUGCUGGAGAUGCAUUAUGUGAAAUUGAGACUGACAAAGCUGUGGUUACCUUAGAUGCAGGUGAUGAUGGCAUCUUGGCCAAAAUAGUGGUCGAAGAAGGAGCUAAAAAUAUACGGCUAGGUUCACUAAUUGGUUUGAUGGUUGAAGAAGGAGAAGAUUGGAAACAUGUUGAAAUUCCCAAAGAUGUAGGUCCUCCGUCACCAGCUGCAAAACCAUCAGUGCCUCACCCUCCACCAGAGCCACCGAUUUCUAUCCCUGUCCAAAAGGAACACACACCAGGGAAACUUCAGUUCCGUGUAAGUCCAGCUGCACGUAAUAUUCUGGAUAAACACGCACUGGAUGCUAGCGAAGGCACUGCGACUGGCCCCCGGGGAAUAUUCACUAAAGAGGAUGCUCUGAAACUGGUAGAGUUGAAACAGAUGGACAAGAUCACUGAAUCGAAACCGACGCCAGUGCCUCUAGCCCCUCCAACCACUCCCACAGCACCUUUGCCCACACCGGCCUCAGGAGGGCCAUCCUAUCCCCGGCCAAUGAUCCCACCAGUAUCAACUCCUGGACAACCUAAUGCAGUGGGCACAUUUUCCGAAAUCCCUGCUAGCAGUAUUCGAAGAGUUAUUGCCAAGAGGUUAACUGAAUCUAAAAGUACUGUACCUCAUGCAUAUGCUACUACUGACUGUGACGUUGGAGCUAUUUUAAAAGUAAGACAAGAUCUGGUCAAAGAUGACAUUAAAGUAUCAGUAAAUGAUUUUAUCAUCAAGGCAGCAGCUGUUACCCUUAAACAAAUGCCAGAUGUCAAUGUAAGCUGGGAUGGAGAGGGCCCAAAGCAACUGCCCUUUAUUGACAUUUCAGUGGCUGUGGCAACAGAUAAAGGCUUAAUUACACCAAUCAUAAAAAAUGCUGCUGCUAAGGGUAUACAGGAAAUUGCUGACUCUGUAAAAGCUCUUUCAAAGAAAGCACGAGAUGGAAAAUUGUUACCAGAAGAAUAUCAAGGAGGAUCUUUUAGUAUUUCCAACCUGGGGAUGUUUGGCAUUGAUGAAUUUAUUGCAGUGAUCAACCCACCUCAGGCCUGCAUUUUGGCUGUUGGGAGAUUCCGGCCUGUUCUGAAAUUCACUCAGGAUGAAGAAGGCAAUGCCAAGCUGCAGCAGCACCAACUCAUAACGGUCACAAUGUCAAGUGACAGCCGAGUGGUAGACGAUGAACUGGCCACCAGGUUUCUUAAAAAUUUUAAAGCCAACCUAGAGAAUCCUUUCCGGCUUGCCUAGUCCUCAAAGAUAAGAAGAUGGUCUUUGGCUCAGCUAAUUGUAAAAGUGUUACCGAUAGAAAACAGUUAGGAUAUUUAAGGGCAAAGUGGAUGAAAUGUUUAUUUAUUUAAGGUAAAAGAGUUUGACCCAAGUUGUCUUCAUUAUCAAUUUGGGUUUAAUGUUAUAGAAAUAAAUGAUAAACUGUAACUAAUAAAGGAAAACGAACACUUGGCUAGAUAAGUUCAUUAAAUUCUGGUGCUGUACAAAAGGGGUGUUUAGUAGAUGUGAAUCAAAUUAUACGUUUGUCUCAUUUGAGAGUUUUAGAAUAUUUAAGAUUUUAUGCUAAAUUGUGAAAUAAAGAAAUUGUUUGAAAUCUAACUUAACUGUGUUGAAGUUAGAAGUGGUCUUCAAAGAGAUGACUGUUAAUCUAGCAGUCAGACCUCACUUUUAUAACCACUACUCUAAAUGUACUUGAACAAUUUAAUAUGUACAGAAGUUUACUCUGGACAAUAGUGAAUAAUAAGGAUCACAUCAAAUUAGGGGUAGUGACAACAUUAUUGAAUUUUUAUGUAUAUAAAGCCAUAUAUUUUAGAGUGGUUUCUUAUCAGUCUUAUUUUUCACUUCUAUAACACUGUGAGCUUCUAAAGAGAAAGAACAAAGAAACAAAAAGAAGAGAAAGAGAGAUCGAAAGAGUUAUGUUUGCUUGAAUGGAAAACUAUAGCUGAAGUAUCUAAACCUUCAAAUAUCAGCUGCUCACCUUCAUGCUGAGUUGGAAAUAUGUUUAAAUAAAUUGUGUUAUCUC